AUGGCAGUCAAAGUUUACAUUGUUUACUACUCAAUGUAUGGGCAUGUGGAGCAACUAGCAAGACAAAUAAAGAGAGGUGCAGAAUCUGUACAAGGUGUUGAGGCCAAACUAUGGCAGGUACCUGAGACACUACCAAAUGGAGUGCUUCAUAAGCUGAAUGCACCACCAAAGAGUGAUGUACCAAUCAUUGAACCUGAUAUGCUCAAUGGAGCUGAUGGCCUUAUCUUCGGCUUCCCCACGCGGUUCGGAAUGAUGGCUGCCCAGUUCAUGGAUUUUCUUGACAAAACCGGACCUCUUUGGUUGCAACAAGACCUUGUAGGCAAGCCUGCUGGACUCUUCUACAGCACCGGUUCGCAAGGUGGUGGACAAGAAACAACACCCCUUACUGCUAUAACAAUGCUGGCACAUCAUGGAAUGAUAUAUGUUCCAAUCGGAUACACGUUCGGCCAUUGCAUGUUCGAGAUGGAAGAAGUGAAAGGUGGAAGCCCUUAUGGAGCAGGGACUUAUGCUGGGGAUGGAACAAGACAGGUUUCUGAGAUUGAAUUGCUGCAAGCAUUCCACCAGGGGAAUAUUCUUGCCACCAUCACCAAGAAGCUCAAGGAUGCUGCAUAAAGCAUAUAAUGUUUUUGCCAAUUUUUUCUU